AUGUUGUUGUUAUCAAGGCUUAAUGUUGCAAUAUUCAUUUGUUUUGUGGGAUUUGUUUCUGGGCAACCCAUCCUUCCACCUGAUGAAGUGGAGUCAUUGAGGGUGGUAGCAAAUGUCAUGGGGAAAAGUGAUUGGAAUUUCAGUGUGGAUCCAUGUAGCGGGUUAUCGGGUUGGGUGACCCAAAACCCGGUCAAAGGGUUUGAAAAUGCUCUCACUUGUGACUGUACCUUUGAAAACAACACAGUUUGCCAUGUUGUCAGCAUAAUUCUCAAGGCCCAGAAUCUAAACGGGUCGGUCCCAAGAGAGCUAACCACACUCCCUUUCCUCCGAGAGAUUGACCUGACCCGGAACUUCCUCAACGGCACCAUCCCGCCGGAAUGGGGCUCCAUGAAUCUUGUGAACAUCUCUCUUAUUGGGAACCGAGUGACAGGUUCAAUUCCAAUAGAACUUGCCAACAUCUCCACACUUGCAAAUCUGACCCUGGAGUACAAUCAGUUGUCUGGAACUAUACCUCCGGCGCUUGGGCAUCUUCCUCGAAUAGAGAGAUUACUAUUUACCUCAAACAAUUUAACCGGGGAGCUACCAGAAAGUCUUGCAAGAUUAAGCACAUUGAAAGACUUUCGUAUUAGUGAUAACAACUUCAGUGGAAGCAUACCGAGUUUUAUCCAGAACUGGACAAAUAUCGAAAAAUUAGUGGCUCAGGGUAGUGGUUUGGCCGGGCCAAUCCCGGCUGGCAUUGCUUCCUUAACCAGAUUGACAGACUUGAGAAUCAGUGACUUGACAGGGAACAUUUCGACUUUCCCGCCUCUUAGUAAUAUAACAAGGCUAAGGACAUUGAUAUUGAGGAGUUGCAAUAUUGUUGGGGAGUUACCGAGUUAUCUUGGAGAAAUGACUGGUUUGAAAGUCUUAGAUCUGAGUUUCAACAGAUUAAGCGGCCGGAUUCCUGACAGCUUUACUGGUCUAUCUAACACAGAUUACAUAUAUAUAGCGGGGAAUUCGCUGACCGGGACACUGCCAGCUUGGAUGCUGACUGACGGUGACAACAUUGACUUAUCUUACAACAACCUCUCGUCUGGAAGCUCGGCUCCAAAUUGUCAGCCUCGUAACCUGUGCGAUUAUUCGCUCUUAUCUUCAAUUACUUACAAAUCACAAUCAGUUGUUUACUUACCAAAAUGUUUUUUUUUUCCUUUUUUUUUUCCAGAGUACUACUCCCUCUACAUUAACUGCGGCGGACGGCGUGUAGUGGAUAAUCGAAACACUAUUCACGAAGAGGAUUCGAAUUCCGGUGGGCCCUCGAAUUUCUUUCUGAGCAGGACAAACUGGGGAUUUAGCAGCACGGGCCAUUUCUUGGACGAUGAUCGGCCGAGGGACUCGUUUAUAUGGUCAAACAGCUCGGUUAUGACAGGAGAGAAUCCCGAGCUGUACAUGGAUGCACGCCUUUCCCCGCUCUCGUUGACUUAUUAUGGGUUCUGUUUGAGAAAUGGAAAUUACACUGUUACCCUUCACUUUGCCGAGAUCAUUUUUACGAACGACCGGACUUAUGGUAGCCUCGGGCGGCGUUUGUUCGAUGUCUACAUUCAGGGUAGGCUGGUGCUGAAAGAUUUCGACAUUGAAAGAGAAGCAGGUGGAGUUAACAGACCAAUUGCAAGAAACUUUACUGCAGUUGUUAAUGAUACUACUUUGGAUAUUCGCUUCUAUUGGGCUGGUAAAGGGACAAAUGGUAUUCCUGUUCGAGGCGUAUAUGGUCCUCUUAUUUCGGCCAUAUCUGUCAAUCCUAAUUAUAAACCGCCAUUGGAAAAUGGAAGCAGCAGCAUAUCGGGAGGUUCUAUAGCCGGUAUAGUAUUAGGACUUACUUUUGCGAUCUUGCUCGUUUUGGUUAUUCUUUGGUGGAAGGGCUGUUUGAGAUUCGAAGGCACAAUUCAUCAAGAUCUAAAGGGUUUAGAAGGCUCGUUUUCGCUACGGCAAAUCAAAGCUGCCACUAACAAUUUCGAUCUCGCUAACAAGAUUGGUGAAGGUGGCUUUGGGCCUGUAUACAAGGGAAAACUAUCGGAUGGUACCAUAAUCGCUGUGAAGCAGCUUUCUUCGAAAUCGAAGCAAGGUAAUCGCGAGUUUGUAAACGAGAUAGGGAUGAUUACUGCUCUACAUCACCCUCAUCUCGUGAAGCUAUACGGAUGCUGCAUAGAAGGAAAUCAGUUGCUUCUUGUUUACGAGUACAUGGAAAACAAUAGCCUUGCUCGUGCAUUAUUCAGUCAAGAGGAGCAUCAAUUGCAUUUGGAUUGGCCUACGAGGCACAAAAUUUGCAUCGGUAUAGCUAGAGGUUUAGCUUAUCUGCAUGAAGAGUCCCGACUGAAAAUCGUACACCGUGACAUCAAAGCCACAAACGUGCUUCUUGAUAAAAAUCUUGUGCCGAAAAUAUCCGAUUUCGGUCUUGCCAAGCUCGACGAGGAGGAUAAUACCCAUAUAAGCACACGAAUCGCCGGGACUUUUGGAUAUAUGGCUCCCGAAUAUGCAAUGCGAGGCCAUUUAACGGACAAAGCAGAUGUGUACAGCUUCGGAGUUGUUCUUUUAGAAGUCGUGAGUGGGAGCAGUAAUACGAACAACAAAUACAAGGCCGAUACCUUCUAUCUUCUCGACUGGGCUAAUAAACUGAAGGAACAAGGCAACCUAAUCCAACUAGUCGAUUCUAGAUUAGAAUCGAACUUCAACGAACAAGAGGCAAUGACCGUUAUCCACUUGGCCCUCCUUUGCACGCAUGCCGAGGCUGCAGAAAGGCCCAACAUGUCGUCGGUUGUAAGCAUUCUCGAGGGCAAGACGGUCAACCAAGAACCUUUUUCGACUCCCAUUGUAACAACAGACGAGACAGAGAAAAAUCGUGAGGAGAUCGAGACGAGAAAUGUAUCGAUUGACGUGCCGUGGACAGGCUCGUCAGCAUCAACGGCGGCCGACCUUUACCCGAUCACUGUGGAUACUGAUUACUGGGAAAAGAGAGAUCAACAAUGCAGCAGUGGAACUGCGGAAGAAGAAAAAGAAGAAAAGAUUACUCUGUUGCUGAAUGUGUAA